AGUCCUAUAAACAGCUUCGAGACUAUUAUCACGUGAAUAUUACACAGUAUUCAUAUCGAAACUAAGCCAAGUGGUAGAGUGACUGUGUCAAGGAAUAACGUCGGAACUUAGAGGUAUGGAAUCAUCAGAUCUGAAUUCAAUUAACGAUGUUGAAGUUGAUGAAGCAAGCAUUCAUCUUUCCGCAGAAGAAGUAACAUGUGAUAAAGAAAGACAUUUUGCAGGUACCACACAAGAAUAUCCUAUAAGGUAUCCUCCAGAAUUCAUAGCUACCAAGCUCCCAACAAAUAUCGGUCAAACAACAAGUGUUGACUUAUAUCAAUGCUCCAUGAAUAAGAUAGACUAUGGGUCCGGUUCUGAUUCUGCUGAAGAAGAGCAUAGUCCCUACAGUUCUACAGAAAAACUUAAAUACGAAGGUUUUGCUCCAACUGGAAACCUGGAAGAGACACUUACCUUAAGGGAAAAACCUACCAUACCUCCCAAUGCUAACGACGUAACUAGGAACAUGAGGUCACAAUGUUCGCAAAUUAAUAUAGCUCAACAUAAAUCAGGACCACUGGAACAGGAAAUGGGUGACAAUGUGGCAACAGAAGCUCUUGUUCCGACAAGCUCAAUAAGAGAAAGGGCUACCUACAGGGAAAUGUCAAGACCUAAUGUAAUGCCUCGUGGUGAGAUGGAAACACCGUUAAAUGAUAACGUCACCACUCAGGGGAUUAUAGAUAUACCAGACAUCCAGGGCCCGAACAACAGCAUGUCAGACGUAAAUAUACGGUUGGCAACGUUCUCUUCUCAUGCCACAGAUUGGCCACAUAAAAAUCCUUCACCGGAACAGACGGCAAGAGCUGGAAUGAUAUUUAAAGGUGUGUUUACCAUAAAGGGGAAGGAGAUUUAUGACAUGGUUGAGUGCUACAAGUGCGGCAAAACGCUAUAUGGUUUCACUGAAAAUGAUGAUCCAGUUGAGGAACACAAGAGAUUCUAUCCGCAUUGUGAAUAAAAAACAUUCUGGUAUUACAGGCAAUACAACAUUUUGAUAUGUGUAUCAUAUCAACAGUUCCCUGUUGUAAAAAGAAAACCAUUUUGAUAUGCAAAAUCAAAGAAAUAUACCAAUACAAUGUAAGAUCUACUGAGUUAUACACAAUUUCAGCAACUGUCGUUUAAUCAUCAUUUGCUUAUUUUAAAAUCGUGCAUAGUAGAAAAUGUGUAUACACAGUAUCCUACAUUUGCAAAUAUGGUAGAGGUUUUUGCUUUGAAAUGUGGCCUCAUGGGAUCACGCCCUUUGCUUUAGUUUGAAGAGGCGAGGAGAGGAGGUAAGCCGACAACGUGGGAGGAUCGUCCCAAGAGUGCUAAUGAAGUUGGAGCAAAUAUUGUGGCGAAAUUAUUAGCUUUGUGAAAGUUUUGGCAUGUACUGGUAUGUACAGGUGUUUCUCAAAAUCUAACUAUAAAAGUUAUUUUUUCGCAUAUUGUUUUCGCAUACCCCCAGGAUCACGCUUAAAACGCUUGUGUUAAUAUGUCAAAUAUAUUCCUACAAAAAUCACCAAGUUAUGACAAUUAUUAGAAAGUCGAAGCAGUUUUGGAUCAUGGGUGAAUGAAAUGGGUUAGUGUUAUCAUGGUUCUUACAGUAUACCUGAGGGUAGAGUAUUACAUUUACAGUGGUAUCUUCUUUCUUGUCUUCACACUGUGCCAGUGUUUUACGCUAAGAUCAUCACAUUCUACAUGUCUUGUUUAAAGAAGAGGUAAUAACAGUUUCUCUUGCAACUUACAAAAUAAUGUCUCUGAAACCCAGGAAGAAAAGUGCAGGAAUGGAACUCUCACAGAAAAACACAGCUCUGGAUACGGUCCUGCACAUUAAUAACAAACGAACCUUGGUUUCAUCUGCUUAUUCACAUUCUUUGCCGAUGAUAACCGAGAUAAAAGAAAAAAGGUUGAACAUUUGUGAACUAUAUUCUCCUUGAUAAAUCUUGUUGACAUGUUGGUAGUAUACAGAUAUUAGUUCUUUAAAAUGUUAUUUCAGAUUAUUUGUCGACAUAGCUCUAAUUUUAUUUGGAGAACGUUGUCAUAUAAUAUAUAUAUAUAUUGAUGAAAAUAAUGACACGAUCAGAUACAUUAGUUAUUUUAGAAUUUUGAUUUUUGUUUCCAUGAUAAUUAGGCCGCAAUAUUGGUUUCUUUACAAUUUAUAAAUACUUAUCAAAUGAGUCUUACUUUAGGUACCUGAAGUGUUACCAUAGCAACAGCUUAAUAAUAUUUCUAUGAACAAACUUAUGAAAUGUGAAUUUGUGUUGAAUUUGACUGAACUUUAUAUCUGAGAGUCAUGUAUUCAUUCCAUUUUAAAUCAUUUGUAUAUUCAUUGAUUUGUAAGUUUGAAACUUCUACACAUUUCAUAAAUAAGCAAACUUACAUUCAGUAUGCAUAUUUUGUACUACAUUUAUAUAUGAACAUAUUUUGAAUAGUUAUUGUUUUAAAGGCUCAAACUAAUACAUUAUAUGUUAGUUUUCAUACGGUGGUAUGUUUAGGACAUGCAAUCAUUUUUUUUAAUUAACUUAUCUCGUAUUUUCAUGUAUCCGGUGGUUAUUUUCUUUUUUCGUGAUAAAGGAAACAUUGAUUUAUGUAUAAAAUGAUAGAAAAAAGACAUUUUACAAUUGAUUACCAUUGAUUACCAUAGCAACAGGUUUAGAUUAAUAUUUUGUACAAGACAUUUUGCGCUAUUUUUAAGUAUUACCGUAUCAGUAACUCUUGGUGUAGGGGAAUAUAACUUAAGCUUGUUUUGUGAUUAUAUUUAACAAGACUAUCAUAUUCAGGCACAAAUUAAAGACUUUAAGAUGAA